GCUUCUAGUUUCGUUUUGUCCUUAACGCCGAGUUAUCUUCUCAUGCUCCCUCAUCGACUAAGCCUCACGCGGUUUAUGGGAGGACAACAUUGUGAUGACAUCUGCUUUGCUUUGUAGCAGACGUGGACGACCCCGGGAAAAAAAAAAGCUAUUGACUACAUGGAAUGACCAGUUCCACUCGCUCUUGAGUCUAUAGCCUUUAACACCGAUACACUCACAUUUCUAUCCUCCAGAUCUAAUUUAGAUCUAGAACCUCUCGUGUUUACACAUUUGUAAAGGAGCGUACACAAAGUGCGAUCAAGAAUAGAGAAAAACAAAAAAAAAAGUUCAUAGUGCCAGGCGUAACCAUUUCUUAGAACUUGCAUUCCUGUGACAUUACAUUGCUGCAACAAGUAUACAUGGGCGUAGUCUUACGAGAAUGGAGUUCACGGUUCAAAAGUGUAUUAAGGACAAGAGAAAGAUGACACUGGCCUACAGCUAGCCAAAAAGAUUUGUAUAAAAAUACCCAAAAAAACUCUCCAUUGUAACUUCCUUUGAUUUGGUUCAGUUUUUAAACUGCUAUGUAUAAAGCUGUUUCAGCUUCGUUCCUUUAUACAGUUGUUUAUGAGACUAUUGAUGCUCACUCUUCGAGAUGUUUAAAAUUGUGGUGAUACAGCGACUGUUUUUUAGGAAACUAUUACCCCUGUUCCUGUUCACGUAUUUGGUGGUCAUCCUACUCUUUAUUGUCAACGUUGACCAGACGAAUCUAGCCAUCAGGGACAUUGAUUUUGGUCUCCCGGUCAUCAAAGAAGAAUUUUCUGACAACGGCUUUAUCGCUAACAAUACCAUCGAUGCUUUAGGCGUUGGGCGUCGCGAAGAUUUCUUACAGCCCAUGCACGUCAUGAGGACGCAAGGGUUCAAAGCAAGUACAUCGAAGGGAGAUUUUAUUGUACUUGGGAAAGAAGCGUUCGUCUAUUCUGCCUACAUGGACGACAGAGGUGACCCAGCAUUUGUUCGUAUUCUGGCGAUGUUCUCUAAGAGCUCGUCUCGUUUCCAGAGCGUGUACUGCCAUUUCAACGGCACUGCCACACGUAAAGCUAUGUACUAUGAGCUUUGUGAAAACCACGGUAAGAUAUACGGUGGGUUUAUAUAUUCGUGCAUUGUACCGAACACAACCAAAGCCGAUAACUUGGCAACAGUUGUCGUUUCUUUAAGCAAAUUCGGACCUCGAGUAGCCAUCCCCCUAUUAAAAAUUCGACCUCCUCAAAACAAGUUGUGGUAUUUAGAUAAAACUAGAGACAUGCAAGAAUCUCUAAGAUACCGCCACACUAGCAGCUCUGUGCCUUCAUUAAGCCAGGAAAGUGUUUCUCUUUCUUUCGAUACAUUAACCAAACAACUUUCAUUCGCUAUUUGUGUGUCGCCACUAUUUGGCGACAUUUCGGUGUUUAGGCUUAUUGAGUUUAUCGAACUCUCCAAGCUUUUAGGCGCCAAUCAUAUUUAUUUUUACAACUACAGUCUUCACCAGUCUCUAGAAGACGUGUUGCUCUUUUAUGUUCGCCAAAAUCAAAUCACCGUGCUGCCUUGGAAGUUGCCUUCCCAAAUGUCUGACGAUUUAGUGUGGUAUCAUGGUCAAUUACUGUCGAACAAUGACUGCCUAUACAGGACAAUGUCUCGCCAUGACCUGGUAUCAUUCAACGACCUGGACGAGUUUAUCGUUCCUCACUCCGACGCCACCACGUGGAGGGAGAGCUUUGGUCAGUUUCUGCAGGACGACCAAUGUGGAUAUAGUUUUCAAAGUGCUUUCUACAACCCUGGGAGUUUCAACACUUACCCUUCCAAAUUAUUAACGCCACUCAUCACUGUCAAGACACAAAAACUAAGUAAGAUUAGGACAAAGGUGAUGCUCUGCCCUUGGAGAGUUUUUGAAGUUGGAAUUCAUCACAUAAGUAAACAGAGCAAAGAAGUCUGGCGCCCCGCUCACGUGGACCCCUCCUUCGCCUACUUGCACCACUACAGACAGUGCGCUGCUGACUACAGAAUGGACUGCCACACAUAUGAGAACGAUAGCAUCAUUGCGACUCGCUACGCACAAAAGCUGACACGAAAUUUCGAGUCGGUCUUGAAAACUCUUUAUGAGCAGAACAUUUUAAAUGUUACAAGUUCUUGAUGUUAAUGUUAGAUCUGUGAUGUUUCAUAUUGUUUCUAUUGUUACAUGAUGAUCUGUGGUGUUCUUUUUUUUUUCAAUCUUCUAAUACAUGGUAGCGUUGACUUGUAAGAUUAGACAAAACAAUUAUACAUUCUAAAGCUCAAACGUCGUCUUGACGUCAAGGUAAGGUUUGGGCAAGAUGUCAAAGCAGGUGCUACCUCUAGAAAACGGCCAAGAGCAUGUACCGAACGACCAGGUCGAAAAUUAACACUUGGACAAAAUAAGAAGUAGCAAAGAAUAACGUUUUGUAAGAGCGAUUACUUUGCUUUAAUAACUAAUGAAUAUUAAUAGAUAUUUUUUUUACCACGCCCCACCCGACCAUAAGUAUAAAACUCAAAGUCGGCCUAUUCCUAUAUACCAUUCCAGUGUAUUGAUAUAGAUCCAGGAUUCUGAGCAUUAGGAGACAGUAGUGUAGACUAGAAUACUGAAUCUAAAGAUAAGGUAUAGAAGAUUGGUGAUACAGAAUUCUAGACUAAAUUCUACAAAAGACGGUUCUCAUAAUGUCCCUAAACGUCUAUUUAUUUGUUUAAAUCUUUAGUCAAUCUAUGCUGUAAUUUCCAAUGACGUUUGCUGAAGAUAUAGAUAUCCAAACCAAAUUUAAUUUUAAGAUGAUUAUAUUUUUUUUUAAUAAAAUGUUUUCCCUGUGUCAACAGUGGGCCACAGAAAUAGAUGACCUUUACAUCAUCUGUCCCAUAGAUCGCUAGGUCUAUAAUGACUCACUCUGUUUGCCUGGUCAAAAGUUUGUACACGUUCUAUCUCCCACACCCAAUCUCGGUUCAAGCUGAAAUUUGGCACAAUUAUUUCUUUUACCUGAUAAAACAAGAAUAAUUUUUUUUUUUAAAUUAACUAAUAAGUCAAUUAACUAUUGGUAAUUAAUUAUUUUGAUUGGUAUCUCGAACAAGGGAAAGAAAGUGUGCUUGACUGUGGUGUGUAUGUAUAUUGUGGUAAAGUUGAAUUCCCUUUAUACUUUGUAGAGAGAAAAGAUUGAAACUAACAAUAGAUAACAAUACAACCUUCUAUUUUCAUAAGCACUUGCGUGGCACAGUGGUUAGUACUCCAACUUAAUAUUGCUCAAGUUCGAAUUCAGGUCGUUCAGCUUAUUUUUUCUGUUUUUACAAAUGCAUUUAAAAAGUAAUCAAGGUAAUAUUCACUUAUAUUCCCUCCUACUUCUUUCUCCCCACCCAGAGGAGGACUGGGUGUCAAAAUCGUCCCGGGCAUUUCUAUACAAUCCGGCCCACAAAUGCUAUACCAUAUGAUGGGCAUUCAUUUCAAGGUCUAUCUGAUCUCAAAAUCAUUAAGUUUGAUAAUUAUCGAUAUGAAUGCAUACAGUGAACUCUAUAUUUUUAUAAGAAACAUAGGCCUUAUAUUGCUUUUUAAUCGCUAAGUGUGUACUGUAAGCCCUAAAAGGAUGAAGUCUACUAGUCAUCAUCAUCAUCAAACUCCAUUUGAGUGAGGGCUUGAGAGGCUCAAAUCCUCUCUAGCUAAAGCCCUGGACAGAAACCCUGCCAACUAGUAGCACUGUCAACAAAUGGAGGCUAUUACAUUAUUUCGGAAAAUGUCUUAAAUUAAAACAGUAUUACACUGUAGAGAAGCGGUUCUCAACCUUUUUAGCUCCGCGACUCCAUUAUACAAUUUUUAACUAGGCGGCGACCCCCAACCAUAAAAUCUUUUUCGUUCAUUGGCGUAGGUAAAUGUUAUUUAGCUAGUGUUAAAUUUUCUUCACUACGUGAUUAGAUCUUCUCCAUAGAAAUGUUUCAUCCUGUAAUGGCGUUACGACGCAUUUAAUGGACAGUCAUUUCAUUUGUUGAAAAAUUAUUUUAUUGAUACUUGACGAUCGUUAUAUAAUUUGUUUAAUAAUAGGCCUAAUAUAAUCUGAAUAAUUUGUACAAUCCUACAGCGUAUCAAAUAUAUAUAUAUAUCAUGGGCUUAGCCAGAGGGGGAUGAAAUGAAAUCGGGGGGGGGGGGGAUCGGAAUUUAGUGACUGAUUUUUUGCUUUGAUUUUGUUUAUUUUAGGUGAGAUUUUAAUACUAAACCACCACUUGCCCCAGCACAACCAAGGGGGUUUUGAGUUUAAACCCCUACCAGGGAUACCUCAAAAUAGGCAUAUUGUUGGCUUUCAAUACCAGAAAUAGUGCUCGGUGGUGGGGCUUCGCCCCACGCUGGGGGGAGCUCCUAGUGCUCCCCCAGACCCCCUUAAUAACAGUAGCGGGGAAUCUACAAUUUUUAAACUAGCUCCAGGAAGAACCUAUUGUAGGACACAAUAAACGUGUACCGAAAUAAUGAAGGGUCAGAAUGUAAUGAAGAUUAUGUACACACACACACACACACACACAUAAAUACAUAUUAUAAAUAUUUUUUUUCGUGGAAGGGGGGGGGGGUCCGGGGAGGGGGAAUCCCCCCCCCCCCGAAAAAAAAAUCCUGGCUACGCCCAUGAUAUAUAUAUGUAUAAAACUUCCGAUGAAAAAUAAAAUAGCCCCCCCCCAAAUAGGCGACCCCUCGCAAAUGGUCGCGACCCACAGGUUGAGAACCCCUGCUGUAGGCCUAUAGUCUGUGAAAGAUUAUUUAUAUAAGAGAAUAUUAUAAAACCUUUAAGUAUUUGAUAUGUGCCAAAGUAGCAUCGAUGCGGCCCAUUUGGGUACCAGCCCAUCUGGCAUUUGCCUAAAUGUCCAUAUAGCCAGUCCGCCUCUGCCCCCCUCCCCCCCCCCCCCCCCCCCCGCCUUGUUUAAAAACUGUUCCAGACAAAUUAUAUGAUCAUAUCGUAUUGAGAAAGCUAAAAAUCGAAAUCGCACUUAACAAAAACAUUGGUAUGCCUACCAAAUUUUCGUUUAAAAAAAACACAUUUAUUAGAGGCCCCCGAAAGGGGAAAAGACGCUAUCGGUUUUGUGCGAAAUGUUUAGCGGCCCCCGAAAGGGGAAAAGACGCUAUUGGUUUUGUGCGAAAUGUUUAGCGGCCCCCGAAAGGGGAAAAGACGCUAUUAGUUUUGUGCGAAAUGUCUGUCCGUCUGUCCCAUUUAGAUCUCGUAAACUAGAAAAGAUAUUGAAAAUCCGACAUCACAUUAUUUUAGACCAUUCAAAGUUCUGAUGCAACGGCUACUUUUUUUUUCUGAAAGCGAAAAAUCUAAUUUUUAAAAUCAGUUAUGCAAACAGUUUUUAAAGAGAAAAAGCUAAUUAGUAUGCAUUAUAAGUUAGACCUAAUUUAACACGAAUAGUAAUCUUGUAAACUUCAUUUUCCUGACCUUUUUCUUUAUUACGUUCCAGUAAGAGAUUGAACUUUCUCAAAACAAUUAGAUCAAUUAUAAACAUCAGUUAGUCCAGGGGAGGCGCGGUGGCUGAGCGGUAAAGCGUUUGGUUUCCGAACCGGUGGUCCCGGGUUCGAAUCCUGGUGAAGACUGGGAUUUUCAACUUUGGGCGCCUCUGAGUUCACUCAGCUCUAAUGGGUACCUGACAUUAGUUGGGGAAAAGUAAAGGCGGUUGGUCGUUGUGCUGACUACAUGACACCCUCGUUAACCGUAGGCCACAAAAACAGAUGAACUUUACAUCAUUUGCUCUAUAGACCACAAGGUCUGAAAGGGGAACUAGUUAGGCCAGGUUCACAUCCUACUUUACAUUCACUUUCACCUAUCCUUUGAUCUGCGGGACCGUUGGGGCACUACACAAGAUCUGUUAACCUUCUUUCUCCUUUCUUAUCUCUCCUUUGUCUUUGAUAUAAUUUCAUUCGGAUGUUCUUUCUGAAAAUAUUGAAGCCUGCCUGGGUGGACCACUUCGGGGGCCGAUUUUAAGUUUGUGUUUCCACACAAACUGUCUUUUGUAACCUUGUUUUUAAGUUGUUUUGAUCUACCAAAGAUCUGUAAAUUUACAAAAAAAAGCAAAAAUCCUUGUUUACUCGAUAAAUAACUAAAAAUAUUUUGAGCUAUAUCUAGAGGAAUGUUGCAGAUUUGACGUAGGCCUAUCAUUAUUGAUCUCUUUUAGUAUUCUGGAAAAGAAAGUAAUUUAGAAAAAGUAAUAUAUAAAAAGAGUCAUUUCACAAAACCAAAGGCCUAUUGAUCAAAUGACAUCAUCAAAACAACAGAUUUUGCUAGUCAUACCUACCAUUGCAGCUGUAGUCUCUAUAUAUGUCAACUAAAAGAUUGGGGUUCUCUGGUUCAGUUGUAAUCUUUGACCAAUGCUUGGAUUGGGUAAGGAUAAGUUAACUAUAUCCAAGUGUUAUCUUAUAAAAUACAGACGUUAAUUAACAUUAAAAAAAAAAAAAAAUGACUACGUCUUAUGCGUGUCCCUAGGUCAAUCUAGUCAUGCAUGUUAAGAAGUCACUGCCAAAACGUUGCUCUGGUGAGGAAUUGAAACAGAUUACCUUAUGUUCAGUUCUACCGAUUACCUUAUGUUGUUCUACGGAUUACCUUAUGUUCAGUUCUACGGAUUACCUUAUGUUCAGUUCUACAGAUUACCUUAUGUUCAGUUCUACAGAUUACCUUAUGUUCGGUGGUUAUAAGGCUACACACUGUGGAAAUUCUUGUAACUCGUUGAUAAAGCCUUAUUUACCGUAGGCUUAUGUUUGUUUUCUAAAUGUAUUGAAAACACUUUCUGUUCUAAUUCUAGACCCUAAUUUUAUAUGGCCGAUCAAUGCAGUUCCUUAAUGUGACUUUUUUGUGUAUUUAUAAUUGUUCUGGUAAUAAAUUGUGUUGUAAAACAUUCUUGACACUACAGACAGUUCAAGUUUUGUUGAGUGUCCCUAACAUUGUCUGAAUAAAAGCAUCUAAACGUACACCUAAAA